AAUCAAGUGAAACCCCAAAUUAUUGAUUUCCAGAUUGGUGAAGGUUUCACUUUCAUAUUAAGAAGGUUACCUUUGAAUAUGGGAGGAUAAAGGACAAAUCAGAGCUAUCUUCCACCCCUCCUUCUCUGAGACGGCUGACACCUGUCUCGAGCUCCAUUGUAAAGGGGCAAAAGAUAUGGGGAAAGUCGGAAUUGGAGAAGGUCAAUCAACCUCUAGGCCACCACUCUUUGAUGGCACCAACUACUCUUAUUGGAAGGAAUAGAUGAGAAUCUAUAUUCAUUCCACCAACUUCCAAUUGUGGUUGGUGAUCAAAAAUGGCGAAGAAAUCCCUAUGAAGAAAGUGGGAGAAACCACGGUCCCAAAGACCGAAAACGAAUAUGAUGCCGAGGACAUCAAGAAGAUUGAAAACUAUGCAAAGGCCAUCAACAUGCUAUAUUGCGCGGUCAACCCCGAUGACUACCGAAAGAUCUCCUGUUGCACAACCGCCAAGGAGAUGUGGGACAAGCUUGAAGUGACGUACGAAGGUACCGAUCAAGUGCGUGAAGCCAAGAUCGAUUUUCUCACCCAAGAGUACGAAAUGUUCCGAAUGAAAGAAGGUGAGAAAAUCGAUGACAUGUUCGACCGGUUCUCAAAGAUCAUCAACGAUCUUCAUGCCCUCAAAAAGACCUACACCAACAAGGAUCUUGUGAGGAAAAUCCUACGGAGUCUCACACCCGAAUGGAGGUCAAAAGCCGAUGCAAUCUACAAAUCCAUCGGAGUCUCCAACGUCACCAUCGACGGGCUAAGAGGUAAUCUUAAAACCUAUGAAUCUACUAUUCUAACCCCGUCUUUGGAUGAACAAAAGAAAAAGGGGAUAGCUCUCAAAGCCACCAAGGAGCCGGUGGAAGAGGCUUCAAGCGAUGACGACAAUGAAUUUGGGCUCGUCAUCAAGAAGUUCCACAAGUUCAUGAAGAAUGAAUUUGAGCGGAAGGGAAGGAAGCACGACGGUCCUCCCAAGUGCUACGGCUGUGGCGAGAUUGGCCACAUCAAGCCAAGGUGUCCAAAGGCCAAACACGACAAGGACAAGCCUGGCUUCAAGAAGCAAAGGGCCUACAUCUCUUGGGGUGGCGAUUCCGGCGACGAAUCAACCGACCAAGAGGAGGACGAAGCUGCAAAUCUUUGCCUCAUGGCACACGAAGAUCAAAGCGACGACGUCCAAGAGGUAUAUAAUACUCGCUUGGCGAGAAAGGCUAUUUGUGAUGAUCUUGCAGAUUCAUUAGAGAGAGUACACCUUGAAGACGAUGAAGAAGACACGCCAUUAUACACCAACCCGCAACCACAACCUGAGGAAACACCUCAAGUGAUGGUCGAAAAUGAGGACCAAGCGGACGGAGAAGAACAAGAGGAAGCCCAGGAACAAGAGGAAACCGAGCUUCCCAUCGCACUGAGAAGGCACAGGAACCAUCCACUUGACCAGGUAAUCGGUAGCAUCAACCGCGGGGUAAGUACUCACAAGAGUAGGGCAGGCACUUCCGGAAAAUCCAAGUCCAAAUCCCGGGCUCCAUCCACGACCUCCGAGGAACGCCUCUACUACGGCGAUGGGUCGUACCUCUGGUUCGAUUCCGAGGAGGAGCGCACCCGAUUUCUCACCUUUUUCUCCAAACGGGUUGUGGCUCCCCCACGAAUCAUCCCGGAGCGCUACCUGGAGUUGCAGGGCUACGACGACCUCGACGCACAGCUUCAUCAAGCCGGCCUUUGGCCGUUCGUCUCCCAGGCGCGCAAGGAGAUUAACCCGGCGCUGAUCCAGGCCUUCUACUCCAACCUCCGGCGUGAGGACGACGUGCUCUACUCGCUCGUCAAGAGCACGCCUAUCGAGCUCACCGUGGAGCAGCUUGGGCGCAUCGCCGGCCUCCCCUUCCAAGGCGACGAUGUGUCUCACUAUGGUGGAGAGGAUUGGGUGCUCAACAACGAGGGCCUAAUUCUCAACGAGCUUGGCAUCACCGAGCUCAAACGCCAUGCCUCGGGCCGCCCAACCAUCACUCCGCCAACCCCGAAGGCCGCCUCGUCCUCUACAUCGUCACCCAGAUCAUCAAACCCCGGAAGCACGGCCACACCAUCAUGCACGCACGACCACCUCCUCCCGUACCCGUUUUUGGUGAUGGACAUCCUUGAACGGUUCAAGGUAACCACCACUGUUGGCCCGCUCUCGAAGGCCACGAAGAUUUGGACAAUCAACAACCAAACCUUCCUCAAGCGGUCGGACAACGCCGCGCCUGCCACUGCCGCGCCACGCCGCACUGCCACUGUCGCGCCACGCCGCACUGCCACUGCCGUUGGCCAAGCCGAACCCCAGGCCCGGGCCAACCUUGCCUCCAUCGCUGACUCCCUCAACCCGCUACACAUCAAAGUUGACGGGAUGGGAGGCUACCUUGAGCGGCUCGAUGUAGCUGUUCAAUGCCAAGGGUACGCCAUGAACGCGUACUUCCAAGGCAUCAACUACGUCCCCCCACCGUUCCACAGCACGUUCCUUAGGCAAGUGUACGGUGACGAAGACGAAGCCGACGACUCCUACGCCCCGUCAAGCUCCCCGGAUGAAGACGAGUUCGACGAUGCCAUCGAUGGGGAUGAGAUGGACGUCGACGACGAGGAGGAGGAAACCGAAGACGAAGACUAGGACUCCCCUAGAAUUUCUAUCUCUUUUACCUUAAUUAUCUUGUUUCUUUUAAUGCUUCCGUUGUACUCCACUAUUUCCUUUAAUAAAUAAAAUCAUCUUUUUGUUAAUGUCAAAAGGGGGAAGAAAAGGGCUAUGCAUAU